AUGGCUGAAACAACCAGCACCUGGGGUUUGGGAGGACUGAAGGACGCAUUCAUGGGCGCUAACAAGGAAAAUUCCACGGAAGAGAAGAACCAGGCUGCGCUCAACGCUGCCUUGAGAGAGGAAACCAAAUUGAAAGAGGAGAGGGGGGAGGCGACUGGUGGAUGGCGAAAGAUGCUCGCGGAUAUGACCAAAGACAAGGAUGAUUUAGAUCAAGAGAUUAAGAAGUUGGAGCAGGAACUUGCUGAGCUCAAGGCCGACGAGGCCGACGAUACAUGGACCGAAAAAAUUGCGGCGCGAUUUGAUGGGUCUCAAGAUGCACGAAGAGCGAAAAUCACUGAACUUGAAACAAAGAUAGCUGAAUUGAAGAAACAGGAGGCGGAAAAGCAAGAAGGCUGGAAAGGAAAGUUGAAAGAUAUAUUUGACGGAGAGGACGAAGAAGGAAAGGAGCGUCUCAAACAAGAGGUUAACAAAGAGGUGUCAUGGAGGGACAAGUUGGGGGAGCAAUUAUUUGGAGCGCCGAAAGAGGAGCCCAAGAAGGAAGAGUUCUCGUUGUCUGGCAAGCUUAACGAACUGGCUGGAGGUGGUAAAAAAUCUGAAGCAAACGAAGACAAGUUGGACAAGCUGGUUGAUUUAUAUCAGGAACAUGUCCUGAAGCAGGGCCCGCAAGAUAAUGAGAGUGCAUUCGAGCAAGCCAAAGACGAACAGAUCAGCGAUGCAAUCCGUACGGGAUUUAGGAUGGUAACCGGAAAGGAGAUUCCAUUAAAAGACAAGGAGCACUAG